CAAAAGUCAAACCCACGACCUCUCUCCGGAAACUUUUUACGGUUUCUUCUUCCUCGCUCGGGCUCGCCGUGGGCAUUCCCGAAACACCUCUCGAGGGACGAAGCCAUCAGCUCGAUGUCGACGCGCUUGCGGACCCAAUCCACGCUCUUCGCCUACAGCGGCUGCAGCCCGGAUGCGUCGCGCGCGCGGAAGCGGUAUGGGGUCCCGACUCUGCCGCGGAACUCGCUUCUUUCGGCCUCGGUGUUUGCGGCGUCGCUGGUUCCGGUCUGUUCAGUUCAUAGCAGAAGACACGGCUCGAGCAAAUGUAAGUCAGGGGAUUUCUCGGAGCCUCUCGAGCCAGAGACGGGCUGGGAGUCGCCGGCUGAAUCGAUACAGCCAUCUGUGCCUAGGGACCAGUUUUCUAUCGUGGAGGUCUUAAAGAAUUCAAAUUCUUUUCUGCCUCAUGUCGUACUCGCGAGUACGUUGCUGGCUCUUAUAUAUCCGCCGUCCUUCACUUGGUUCACCAACAGGUACUAUGCACCUGCACUCGGGUUUCUGAUGUUUGCUGUGGGGGUUAAUUCCAGCGAGAGGGACUUUCUCGAGGCGUUUAAGAGACCAGCUGCUAUUUUUGCUGGCUAUAUUGGCCAGUACAUUGUGAAGCCUCUUCUUGGUUAUUUCUUUGGCAUGAUGUCCGUAACAAUGUUUUCGCUCCCAACGUCCAUUGGUGCUGGGAUUAUGCUGGUGUCUUGUGUGAGCGGGGCUCAGCUUUCUAAUUAUGCUACAUUUCUGACUGACCCAUCAAUGGCUCCUCUGAGUAUUGUCAUGACAUCAUUAUCUACCGCUACGGCUGUUUUUGUGACCCCUUUACUGUCACUUCUUCUCAUUCGCAAAAGAUUGCCCGUCGACGUGAAAGGAAUGGUUUCCAGCAUUUUGCAGAUUGUCGUCACACCCAUCACUGCAGGGCUGCUUCUGAAUAGGUUCUUCCCUUGGAUUUGCAAUGCCAUACGACCACUUUUGCCGCCGCUCUCCGUCUUUGUGACAGCUCUAGGCGUUGGAGCACCUCUUGCAAUAAAUGUCGAUUCCAUCAUGUCUUCAUUUGGUUUGAUGAUCUUGUUACUCAUAAUUGCAUUUCAUCUGUCCGCAUUCGUCAUUGGAUACUUCCUUCCUGGUUUUUUCUUCCAAAAGGCUCCUGAUGUAAAAGCAUUGCAAAGAACACUAUCCUUUGAGACAGGAAUGCAGAGCAGCCUUCUUGCGCUCGCUCUAGCAAACAGAUUCUUUCAAGAUCCACUAGUGGCUGUGCCUCCAGCUAUCUCUACUGUGAUGAUGUCCUUGAUGGGCUUCUCCCUCGUCAUGGUUUGGGCUCGGGGAAGGGCGACCGGCCAGUGAAGCAGAUCUUCCUCGGAAAAUUUCACCAUGAUUUCGUCUUUGUUCCUCCACUUUGCGGGCUUGGAUGGCAAUCUCAUCGACUUUUCGAGCUUGCGCAUAGGCAAAAGACGUACGGAUAAAUAACUGAGUGCAAUAUGAAAGUAAUGAUACUUGGGUAUUCUUACCCCUAGAUUCUUUGAAGAACUUAAUUGACGGAAUUCCAACAUCUCUAAUAAGCAUUCAAGGCAUAACUAGACAA